AUGACUUCCACUUCUGUCAAACGAAAAGCCCCGGAUACGGAUACUUCCUCAGCGUCCAAGACACCCCCGCCCGUCGCCAGCUUCACCUCGCGUAAUCCUCCAUGGACCUACCUCAAGCUCCAAUUGAUCCACCAACCAGGCACCUCAACCACCGUGCAAUCCCAACCCCUUGACCCUCUGACUGUGCGAACGUACCUGACCUCCGCCCUGUCGCAAUUCCUCGGACUAGCAGGGUCCGCUAUCUCCAUUGAUAUCCUCCAAAUCUCGCCCGAAACAUCCCAGCGGAAGAAACCGAACUCCACCAACAAGAUCGUAUGGAUCCGCGUUCCAUGUGAAGAUGCGUCUGCUGUAGUGGCGGCGUUGAGUUCCUGGAUCGGUGGGAAUCCCGGUGGAGGCGUAGUCGGUAGCGUGGCAUGGAAAGUCUGUGCCAAGGGAAACUUUCUCGGAGCUUUAAUACAAGGUCCUGGGGAUGAUCUCUUUGUUCCUUAG